UUUGUGUAGAAUCGAGAGAGGCGAAUGAGGAGACAUCCAGAUAGCUUCCCAUUCCAGCUGCUCAAUGCCGGCCAGGGCUUUGUCAUGGGCAUAGUAUUGGGUCUAUCAGGAGUGGUAACCUCCCCCAUCCAUGGAGCACAAGAGGAUGGUAUCAAGGGAUUUUUCAAGGGGAUCGGGAAGGGCUUGAUGGGACUCAUCGCUAAACCCCUCGGAGGAACCAUCGAUGCCAUCACCCUGGUCCUGGAGGGUAUAGAGAGGGCAGCAGAGGCCGGUGAGCAGGUCGUAGGUCGGCUGCGCAUCCCGAGGUUCAUCAAUUCCACAGAGGGUCUGACGCCAUAUUCUCCAUACAGGGCUGUAGGUAACAGCAUCCUACACAACAUCAGACACAAGGAGAUCUUCAACACUGAUAUCUACUAUGCACAUGCUACUGUAUCAUCGGAUAGCACUCCUGAUGUAGUACUAAUCACAACAAGGAGAGUCCUGGUCCUAGAGAAGUGUCGCUGGUCUGGAGGCUGGGACCUGGAACAAGGAGACCGCUUCAAGACCAUCCUGACCCUACCAAAGAGAGAUGGCAAUAAAAUCAUCUUUGAUGCCGUGCAUGAAGGGAAGGACAAGAAGCGAGAGAUUGUUUGUGAGAAUCCAGAACUCUGCCAGUGGGUGCUGGUCCGGCUUGAAGAAGCUCUCCGGAAGUUCCAGGUGGAGAAAAAUCGGACAGUGACCAUCUAAACAGCAGCUGGAUCCAAUGAGCACAGUCUCCAUGCAGGCUAGAUGGAGGAGAAUGCAGGAGAUCCAUAAAGGGAAGCAGAGACACCAAAGGAUCAGAGCCAUCUAUAUACAGAGUUUGGCCAACCCGGUUCGAGUUGGACACAAUAUGGCGACUACUGCUUUGUUGGGCAAGCACAAAACAAAAGAAUAUAUGCCAUGUUGUGACCCAGUGAAACUAAGUUAGCCAAACUCUCCUAAUCAAUGGCACUGCCAAGGAUAGAAGCAUAUGAGGCAGUUGUAUGACUCGUCCUUCAAGGACAAUUGCUCUGUGGUCAUUGUUUUACAUCCAUCCAACAUGAUAACUAAUGCUAACCCUUACUCUAAACCUGAUCAAAAUCCAAUGGCAACCCAUACCCUAAACCUGGAUCUUGGAUGUGGGUUUCAACUGUGAGACAUGGGAACCUCGCCUGAGGAGAGGAAGAUUAGAGGUGCGAUAUACAGCUCGGAGGACUAUAAUGGGACAAGCUUAGAGAUAAGGGUAGAUAUAUAUUAGUAGAGGGUGUAGAAUGGAUAAGUAUUUUAGUGGUUUCAGGAGAUGUUGGGAAACUGUAAAGAUGAAGCCAUGGAAUCAACAUGACAGAUGAAAAGCUUUCGAUAAGAAGAUGAUUGUUUGACGAAAUAGUCUGUACUACAAGGAAAUCAUGGUAAUAUAUGUGAAAAUGUACAUGUAUUUAGUUGAAUUCAGAGGAUUUCAUGUACAUGUGUUUUGUUUGUAAACUAUGUCUUUAAUCAAAGUCAACUUUCACACUAUUUUUCUUGUUUAAAUUGCAAUUAUCUUGACUAAAAAACAUGAUUAAGAGCAGUAGUUAAAUUGAUGAUACUAUUGAUGUGAAUAAAUAUUUGUGAUGUUAAUGAUCAAGAAAUAUAAUAUGGUUUCUGUUGAAGGCCGUCAAGUUUAGUGGCCUAAGCAACUAAGAAACUAUUUUUUGAAACCUUCUCUAAGUUUUAUGUAGGAAGAGCAUUUUAGUCCUCUGUUUUGUUUCAGAAUAAGGAUGAGGGUCAUGGGCCGUUAUCAGUGACCUUCUUGUUUCAUCACCUCCAGUAUAUGCAUUUGACUAGAAAGUAGUGCUCUUGCGCAAAGCAUUGUGUUGUGUCAGCAUUUUCUAUAGAGCCAUCAUUGUUUCUAAAUUUACAUGGUAUUCUAAUCUUAAAUUGUGAAGUGAACUUGAUAGAAGAGAUUAGAUUAUUUUUUGUGAAGCAGAUUUAUUGUGCCAAUAUCAUGAUUUGUAGUUGUAAUAAUGAUUAUGAUCAUAUUGAUUAUUGUUAUGUAACUUGGCCAUUUGAAAAGCUGACCAGUAGAUUGAUAGGAAAUCAAGAGGAACAUUGCCGAAUGAACGUUGCUGCAUCCCGGUCUUGCAAUGUAUAUGUGGUAUUCAAGGUAUACCUCAAACAAUAGAAGUGGGUAGGAGGUGGGAAGGAAUUUGCAACUCAUUUAGGUACACUGUACUCUGGAAGGCAGAGUUUGAAAGUGCCAAUCAUGAUAUAUUUCAUAGAAAAGAUGUCUUUUGCUGAUGUAUUCUAGCUGCAGUGUUAACUAUUUUAAAGAUUAGUACAUGUAUUAAUAGUAAAGUCAUGAUGAGUAGACCUUAAUUCAGUUGUUUCAUUGAUGUAAGUAUGAAUGCAAAAUAUGAUAAAUCUCUUGAAUGAGAAUGUUAGCCCCUCAUUUGGAUGUACAUAUACCAGUAUUACCCUAUAAAUGGAUG